AUGGAUGCAAAUCCAAAUUCAAGUCCCGAAUCGGGAGGCUUCAACCCUACCAUGGACAUACGGCAAUUCACAGUGUUCUUCAAUCAAGUUGCGCAGAUUCAAGGCCACAUCAACAAGCAGUCGAAUCCAAGUCAAGAUCCUGCUAGUCCUUAUUUCAUUCUUCCUUUUAAAAGUCCAGGUAUACCUAUCACUAAUGUUACUCUCAAUGGUGCAAAUUACGGUGCUUGGAGUAGGGCUAUGGAAAGGGCUCUAAAGUCUAAGAACAAAAUCAAGUUUAUUGAUGACAUUUCUCAAAGUGUUCUUUGGACCAACAUAGCAUAUGAAUUGUGGAAUGAUUUAAACCAUAAAUAUUACCAAGGUGAUCGUUUUAGAGUUGCUGAACUAAAUGAGGAAUUGUAUGCCCUUAAACAAGGUGACCUUACUGUUACUGCAUAUUUUGCCAAGCUCAAAACUAUACGGGAGGAGCUUGAUAAUUUUAGAUCAAUUCCAAUGUGUGCAUGUGAGAUGAAGUAUGACUGUGGACUGGGAAUUAUCAGAAUGCAAAGGGAAGAAGAUAGAAGAGAGCUUUUUGGCUUGGACACUACCUCAGACAUCAAAAUCUUGGCUAGUGCUGCCUUUUCCUCAAACACUGCAAGAUUUUUUCAAGGCAGAGGGAGAGGAAGAGGUAGAGGAGGUAGGUCUCAAGCUGGAAGAGGACAAGGAGGCCGAAGCAAGCUGCAUUGUUCCUUUUACAACAAAACUGAACACAUAGUGGAUAGUUAUUACAAGAAGCAUGGUUAUCCACCUAAUUACAAGCAACGAUUUAAUAAUCAUAGCUACAACAAUUCAGCUUCACCUGUCCUAAAUUGCAUGACAGCAAUUGAUAACACUGAGGGUGACAAUGAGAAUCUCAGUGAACAACAUCAGAUGGCUAGAAGUGACACCACAAGCACUGAUUUCACACCAGAGCAGAGAGAAGCAAUUUUUGGCACUACUUAG